AUGCGUGAGCAGGGUCCCUGAUGCUGCUGCUCCCACGCAGCUCCGGCACUGUGGUGUGGCUGCGGACCCUGAGCUGCCAUGGGGACCCUCGGGGACAGGCGGCUCCUGCUCUGCUGUGCCUUCUGGGGACUCUGCCUGGCCUCGGACUACGAUGAUUACUCUCAGAACAGCACCAGCGAGCAGGCCACCACAUCAGAGGUCACCCCGUGUCCCCGAGCCAUCCCGGGGGACCAGGCCACGGUCAACAACAUCACGUACCUGCUGAUCCCCGAGGCCACCCGUGCCCAGCUGGCCAGCACCGUCACCGUCCGGCUCAUCCCCAGCCUCUACAGCCUGGUGUUCGUGCUGGGGCUGCCGGCCAACGCGCUGGCCCUGUGGGUGCUGGCCACCAGGGCCGAGCGCCUCGCCUCCACCGUGUUCCUGAUGAACCUGGCCACCGCCGACCUGCUGCUCGUCUCCGUGCUGCCCUUCAAGAUCUCCUACUAUUUCCUGGGCAACCACUGGCCCUUUGGGGAAGGGCUGUGCCGCCUCAGCACGGCUCUCUUCUACGGGAACAUGUACUGCUCUGUGCUGCUGCUCACCUGCAUCAGCGUCGAUCGCUACCUGGCCGUGGCUCACCCCUUCUCGUCCCGCGCUUUCCGCACGCCGGGCCUGGCUGUGGCUACCUGUGCUGCCGUGUGGCUCUGCUCCGCUGCCCUGACCCUGCCCCUGACCCUGCAGCAGCAAUCCUACCCCCUGCUCGGGGCAGGCCUCACGCUGUGCCACGAUGUCCUGCCCCGCCACGAGAACGACGGCUUCUACUUUUAUUAUUUCGUGGUGCUGAUCGCCUGCGCCUUCCUGCUGCCGCUGCUGCUGCUGGUGCUGAGCUCGGCCGCGCUGCUGUGGGUCCUCCUGAGUGCGGGCAGCCGCUACUCGCACGCCGCCAAGCUCACGGCCCUCGUGGUCACCACCCUGGUGGUUUUCUAUGCCCCCAGCAACAUCCUCCUGCUGCUCCACUACUCCAGCCCCUGCUCCAGGCUGCAUGGCCGGCUGUACCUCAGCUACAUGGUCAGCCUGGCCCUCAGCACCUGCAACAGCUGCGCCGACCCCUUCGUCUACUACUACGUGUCUGAGGAUUUCCGGGAGAAGGUAGGAGAAGUCUUCAGGGGCAGCAAAAAAAUCAGCACUUCCCUAAAGACCUCCAAGGAAACGCUGCCCCGUUCCAAACAUUUUCUGCUGUGAGCCUCCAGCCCGGCUCGCUGCUCCCGGGGCACUCGUCGUGCACACAGCGGGGAUAAGAUGAAUUCAACACUGGAAUUCCACAAGUUUCACCCAGAGCAGCAUUUCCCAGGAGCCAAGUGCUUUUCCCUGUGUGCACAGAUAAGGCUGGAUAAACCCAGGCUGUGAGAUUCUCUGCCCAGACAAGGUGCUGAAUGCUGGACACACACAGCCUUUCCUGGGAUGCUGCCUGCAGCUUCUCAGCUGGUCACAGACCACCAGGGAUGUUCCUGCCCGUACACCUGGGUCUGGUGCUCCUAUCCUGACUGCUCUCUGCCUGCUGAUCCUGCUCCUGGCUUGUCCUUAAAUGCACAUUCCCUUCCCCUAAAUCUGAAAAAGAGCUAUCGUUGCAAAACCAAA